CUUUCCCUAAGCUCAGCGGCGGACACUCGCGCUGGGAGAAGACCAAUGGAAAACGCGCGCGUGAGUGCGUUCCAACUUCCAAUCGUUCAAGGAAAGGUCCCCAUCGCACAUGGCGUGUGGAAUGUUGGUGUGGAAUGUUGGUGGAUGGGCCCAAGCGCCACAGCAACAACCAUCAACAACAUCAACAACAUCGGUGGCGCCAAUCAAAACGCAGACGAUGCGCGCGGUUCCGGCGCUAAUCAUCACUCGCAUCGCUACUACCACAGUAAACUAUCGCUCCAACCGCGACGCGCCAACAGGCGGAGAGAGAGAACCGCAGAGAAAAAAGCACAGCGGGCAAGCAAGCUGCAGCGACCAGAGAGACAAAGAAGAAUAUCUGCAUCCACCGUCCUCUCGCACACCCUGCACUAUCUCUCAUCGUUUUCAACGACGUGUGGUUUCGGCAAAAUUCCUUCUCAAGCCUCUCCCACCUCUGUCGCUGCCUCCUUUAUCCCUGUCCCGGGUACCAACAUCGUAGCUGAUCUCGUCGUAGGCCUUCUUGCUGUCGGAGUUAUCGGUCUCGCAUCACUCUACUUCUUUCGCCGUACUUCUGCAGAUCCUUCUCGUCGCAAACGUCGUCGCGGAAGCAAGCAGCAGCAGCACAAAAAGGACCGCAAAGCUCAACCAGAACCACUCCUAGACACCGCACCAAAACACAACACUAUGUCCGUCGUCGGAAUUGACUUCGGAACUCUGAACACAGUUGUCGCCGUCGCGCGCAACAGGGGUAUCGAUGUUAUCGUCAACGAAGUGUCCAACCGCGCCACGCCAUCGCUAGUUUCCUUCGGAGAAAAGCAGCGUUACUUGGGCGAAAGCGCCAAGACGCAGGAGAUCUCCAACUUCAAGAACACCGUCGGAGGAUUGAAGCGUCUGAUCGGAAGGCCGUUCUCGGAUCCAGAUGUGAAGCUGGAAAAAAAGUUCAUCAACGCCAACCUCACCGAAGGCGAGCGUGGCGAAGUCGCGGCUUCCGUGUGGUUCCAGGAGGACCAACGUCAGUACACAUUCACACAGCUUGCGUCCAUGUUCUUGACAAAAGUCAAGGAGUUCACCAGCAAGGAAAUCAGUAUUCCCGUCACCGAUGCCGUUAUCUCGUGUCCUGGGUGGUUCACUGAGCACCAAAGGAGAGCUCUCCUCGACGCCGCAGAUGUCGCCGGUAUCAACGUCCUGAAGGUCCUUAACGACACAACAGCGUCUGCGCUCGGAUACGGUAUCACAAAGGUCGACUUGCCCGACCCUACUGACGCGAAAGCGAAGCCCAGAAUCGUCGUGUUCUUCGAUCUCGGCUACUCUUCGACGCAGAUCUCCGUCGUUUCCUUCGUGAAAGGAAAGCUCAUCGUCAAGGGCACCGCGUAUGACCGCAACCUCGGUGGUCGUGAUUUCGACGAAGUGCUUGUUCAGCACUACACCAAGGAAUUCACCGAAAAGUACAAGAUUGACAUUGCCAGCAAUGCGAAGGCCAUCUUCCGUCUCAGGCAGGGAUGCGAAAAGGUCAAGAAGAUCUUGUCUGCCAAUGCCGUAACUGUUUUGAACGUUGAGUGCCUCAUGGACGACAAGGACGUGUCCGCGCAGGUCCAGCGUUCCGAUUACGAGGAAUGGGCAUCUCCUUUGAUCCAGCGCCUGUCUGCUCCUCUGAAGGCGGCUCUUGACGCUGCGGGCGUUACCGCUGAGGAGGUCGACUUUGUCGAGCUCAUUGGCGGAUCCACCCGUAUCCCUGCGGUGAAGCAGACCCUUGCCGACCUUUUCGGUGCCGACAAGCUCUCCACCACUCUCAACCAGGACGAGGCGGUCGCUCGUGGAUGCGCUCUCCAAUGCGCCAUGAUCUCCCCUGUCUUCAAGGUCCGUGAUUUCGCGAUCCAGGACUGGAAUGGCUACCCUGUGGAGCUGUCUUGGGACGCCGCCCACGUCCCUACGCCCACUAACGGCGAGAAGCCCGAGACUGUGAUGGAGGCUUUCCCUAUCGGCAACGCCAUCCCCAGCUCUAAGAUUCUCACAUUCUACCGUGUGUUGAAGGAUGAGGAGAUCUCCGCUCAAGGAGGCUCCGUUUCUCUCGAUAUCGACGCUGCGUACAGCGAGAAGCGUGCUGAGCGCACAUACCCCGAAGGUAUCGGUGCCAAAAUUGGUACCUGGACGUUGAAGGGCAUCAAGAAGGUCGGUGGAGUCACCGAACAAGCCAACGGAGCACCAGAAGCGAGGGCCACCAUCAAGGUCAAGACGCGUUUGGACGGCAACGGAUUGGUCGCCAUUGAGAGCGCCAGUCAAAUCGAGGAACAGCUCGUCCCGGUGGAGGAGCCCAAGAAGGAGGCCGAGAAGAAGGAUGAGGCCACUCCCAUGGACGUCGACUCGCCUGCCGCGGAGAGCCCUGCUGAACCCGCUGCCGGCGACGGCCCCAAGACAAAGCGUAUCAUAAAGAAGCACGACCUCACCAUCGUAGCACGCACCUCUGCCGCCCCCGCCGAACUCCUCAACAAAUGGAAGGACGAAGAAGGUCAAAUGGCUGUCUCUGACCGUCUCGUCAUCGACACCGCUGAAGUCCGUAACGCGCUUGAGGAGUACGUCUACGACACGCGCUCCAAGGUUGACUCGGCCUGGAACGAAUUCAUUACAGAAGCCAGCAAGGCGACAUUCCUCAAGGACCUCAACGCCAUGGAAGACUGGCUGUACACCGAAGAGGGCGAGAGCGCCACCAAGGGCGUCUACGCUGAGAAGCUCGCUGGCCUGCAGAAGGUCGGAGACCCUGUCAAGCGCCGCUUCCUCGAGCGUGAGGAGCGCCCACGGACAGAAAAGCAAUUGCGCGAGUAUAUCAACUCCGUGAUCGUCAACACCACCGCUGGCGAUGACCGGUACGCCCACAUUGCCAAGGAGGACCUCGACAAGGUCGUCAAGGAGUGCCAGACAAAGCUCGCAUGGCUCAACGACGUGAUCGCCAAGACUAACGAGCAGCCCAAGCACCAAGAUCCCGCCGUCACCAUCGACCAGCUCCAGAAGGAGCGCGAGUACCUGCACCUCAUUGUCAACCCCAUUUUGAGCAGACCCAAGCCCGCGCCCAAGAAGGAGGAGCCUAAGGAGGAGCCCAAGAAGGAGGAGGCUACGAAGGAUGAGAAGCCUGCUACGCCUAAGCCCGAGGGGGAUGCCAAGGCCGACAAGGAGGCGGAUGACCGUAUGGAUGUUGACUAG